UUAAUCAGCAAUUGCAGCUCAACUAAUUCAGUCAGUCGCUUAUAAAAUCUCGCAAAAUGAGGACGUUAAAACUAUUUGUUCUGCUCAUAUCCAUCACAUACGCACUAUCAGUUGAACUGAGUUGCACUCGACAUUCUGAACUUGAGCAUGUUGAAUGUGAAUUGAGCCAAAAAGUUGAUGAUUCUGAAAUUGUUGCUGUUUAUGGAUAUAAAUCAAAGAUUGGAGAGAGCUUUACAGACAUAACUGAUCUUGUGCUAACUUAUAAGAAUCUUCCACAGCACAUGCCACAUGGAAUCGGAAAUGUUUUCAAGAAGCUGAUCAGUUUUGAUGCCUCGUCGUCAAGUGUUAAAUAUUUUGACAAAAUGUGCUUCGAAAAGAUGGAAAAAGUGAAAUUUUUGAGACUAUCGAAUAAUGAAAUUGAGGAACUGCCUGGAGAUGUUUUUGAGGGAUUGCCAAAUUUGCAGCAUCUAGACAUGACGAAGAAUAAGAUUAAAAAUUUGCCGGCUGAUAUUUUUGUGAAAAAUGUGAAUUUAAAAUACAUAAAAUUGAGUGAAAAUCAGCUCGAGGUGCUUGAUGCUGGCGUCUUUGCUAAUAAUGUGAAUUUAAAAAAGAUUUUCUUGAAUGGCAAUAAAUUGAGGAAAGUUGCGAUCGACUUUACAAUUCUUAGUGAGCUGUCGUUCUUGGAUCUGCUUGAUAAUGCUGGAAAGUGUAACUUUAGAUUCGACAGGAAGACUUUGGAUGGAUUUGACCUUCAGAAUAUUCAAAAUACUGUCGAAAGUGGAUGUAAUUAGAGUUCUAAAAUGGCAUUUAAAUAAAAACAUUUUUAAGAAAUUUAAAGUAAUUGAAAAACAUGAAAAAAAUUUGAAACAAAAAAAAAAUAAAAAAAAAAUUAAGUAAAACAAAAAUAAAAAAAUGUGAAUUUUUCUUGAAAAUUAAAAAUAAAAAUCAAAAAAAGUCUUUUUUAAAAAGAAUAAAAAGUCGACAAACAAAUUGAAAAUAAAAAAUUGCAUCAAAAGUAUAUCGAAAUCAACAACCAGAAAAUUGUCAUUGGCUUGAGUAAAUUAAUUUAAAUUUCAGACACAGCGGCCCACACCAAUGAACACAUAAAGGCCUUUUUUAUAUUUUAUUUCUAUAGGCUCAAUGCAAUGAGAAUAAAAUAAAUAAAUAAAAUAUUUAAAUGUACACAAGAGUUGCUUGUACACAUGAUAAUUGUAUAAUCAAAAACAUGCACGCA